AUGGCGACGGGCAGAGUCACGGAGACGAGAACCAUCAUCAUCAUCACCACUAAAACAUGGCGACGGGCAGAGUCACGGAGACGAGAACCAUCAUCAUCAUCAACCACUAAAACAUGGCGACGGGCAGAGUCAUGGAGACAAGAACCAUCAUCAUCACCACCACUAAAACAUGGCGACGGGCAGAGUCACGGAGACGAGAAACCAUCAUCAUCACCACUAAAACAUGGCGACGGGCAGAGUCACGGAGACGAGAAACCAUCUUCAUCAUCACCACUAAAACAUGGCGACGGGCAGAGUCACGGAGACGAGAAACCAUCAUCAUCCCCAUCACUAAAACAUGGCAACGGGCAGAGUCACGGAGACGAGAAACCAUCUUCAUCAUCACCACUAAAACAUGGCGACGGGCAGUCACGGAAACGAGAAACCAUCAUCACCACCACCACUAAAACAUGGCGACGGGCAGAGUCACGGAGACGAGAACCAUCAUCAUCAUCAACCACUAAAACAUGGCGACGGGCAGAGUCACGGAGACGAGAAACCAUCUUCAUCAUCACCACUAAAACAUGGCGACGGGCAGAGUUACGAAGACGAGAACCAUCAUCAUCACUAAAACAUGGCGACGGGCAGAGUCACGGAGACGAGAACCAUCAUCAUCAUCACCACUAA